UUAAAUAUGUACAAAUAUGUUUAAUUAAUAAAUAUCAAGUGUAUUAUCUAUGGUUCUCAUGUUGCUGUUGUCAUUGUCUACUCGUUCUAAUUUAUUUUUAAAAACUCUUGCAAAUUAUAGAGCUUUUAAAUCAAGAACAAUGAGCAAGUCUGCGUUAGUGAUUUUGGCGCAGGGUGCAGAGGAGAUGGAGACAGUUAUAACUGUUGAUAUGCUGAGACGAGGAGGGGUAACAGUUACUCUAGCUGGCUUGGAAGGUUCAUCUCCUGUGCUGUGCUCCAGGCAAGUGACUCUAGUACCUGACAAGUCACUGGUCGAAGCCCUCGCCGAGAAACAACAGUAUGAUGCUGUGAUUCUACCAGGAGGCUUAGAAGGAUCAGACAGUCUCUCCAAAUCGGAGAAGGUUGGUGCUCUGCUUAAAGACCACGAGGAUAAUGGGAAAAUCAUUGCUGCCAUUUGUGCUGCUCCCAUAGCGUUUGCAGCCCACGGCGUGGCGAGGGGCCGGCGCGUGACUUCAUACCCCAGCACCAAGGACAAGCUGUCGGCCGGCGACUACACGUACGUGGAGGGGGAGAGGGUGGUGGUGGACGGCAACGUGGUCACCAGCCGGGGUCCCGGCACGGCGUACUGGUUUGGUUUAACCCUCAUCGAGUUGCUGACGGGAAAGGAAAAGGCCGAUCAAGUCGAAAAGGGAAUGUUAAUCUCGCAGUACUAAUAUUAUUAAACAAUAAUAACACGCGAAUAUAUUAAGUAAUAUGAUAAGGAGUUUAAAAAAAACCAUGUGUUUUUUUUUCCCGCUGGAUUUUAUUAUUUAUUUUAAAUGAUCCCGGUGAGCUCAAUGAGAGGUAAGAAAAUUAAACUUAAGUAAAAUUAUUAAAAUUUCUUUGAUAAACGUGAUAUAUUUUCUAUAUAGGAGGGUAUGUUUUAAAAUUACCAUUAUGGAGGGUAGAAGUAAGAGCGCCAUCUUGUAUGGGGGACAAGUUGAAAAAGUGUCCAUCUGUAGUAAACAGCAAGUUGUUGUUGGAAGACGCGCCGAAAUAGCGCUAGUGUAGGAAGUGAAAAUCAUAUGAACAUAGCAGUUUUGAAAAGAGUGAAGUGUAUCGGGUUGAAGUGAAGUGUGCUAGUUUAUGGAGUUGUUUAAAAUUUCUCCACUUGCUACUGUGGCGCCACCUUGAUUAGCGGACAUUUUAAUACACUAAGAUGGAUUUCCUUACUUCUACCCUCCAUAUAUACAUUAAUGAAAUUUAGCGAAGAGAGAUCUGUACUAAAUCAAACAGCGGGGUCGGGAUGCUUUACGGGAUAAAAUGUGGGCUUUUUUUCGUAUAAAAUCUAUAGAUAUCGCUUAUGUUCAUAUUCUUUUGAUUACGGUCAGUUUGACUGGCUACUGGGUAUAAAACUGCUUCUCGAAGUUACGAUGUUAAGAAUGUUAUAAUUUUAUAAUAUAUUAUUUUUCUUCUUUUUGCUAUAUCAUUAAAUGUGGAUUGAAUAUAAGCGUAAUAAAAUUUUAUUAAACAUA